AUGGAAGAAGAUAACCACGAAAAACAACUUGACAAUGGUGGAUCUUCCUCUUUCUUCAAGACUUGUUUCAACGCCCUCAAUGCUCUUUCAGGAAUUGGGAUAUUAUCGGUACCAUAUUCACUAGCUCGUGGAGGAUGGUUGAGUCUUUCACUUCUGCUUCUCCUAGCCGCAACCGCGUUCUACACAUCUCUACUCAUCACAAAAUGCAUGAACGCGGAUCGUAGCAUCAAAACGUAUCCGGACAUUGGAGAACGCGCGUUUGGCAAACAAGGAAGACUCAUUGUCUCACUCUUCAUGCACUUGGAGCUCUAUCUAGUCACCACCGGUUUCUUGAUCCUUGAAGGAGACAACCUUCACAAUAUCUUCCCUGGUUUCAACAUCAAAAUGAUCGGAUUGAGAUUGAAUGGCAAACAAUCUUUCAUGGCCACUGUGGCACUCGUCAUCAUGCCAACACUAUGGUGGGACAACCUAAGCGUCUUGUCUUAUGUUUCAAUGAGUGGCGUUUUAGCCACGGCCGUGACUCUUGGAUCGAUAUCUUGGGUCGGAGCAUUCGAUGGAAUCGGGUUUCAUCAAAAGGGAAAGUUGAUUAAUUGGAGUGGGAUCCCUACGGCUUUGAGCUUGUAUGCUUUUUGCUAUGGUGCACAUCCGGUUUUGCCCACUUUGUAUUCUUCUAUGAAAAGCAAACACCAAUUCAACAAUGUUCUACUUAUAUGUUUUAUAUUAUGCACCAUUGGUUACACAUCAAUGGCGGUUUUGGGCUACUCAAUGUAUGGAUCACAUACGUUAUCGCAAAUAACACUGAAUCUACCGAUCCAUAAGACGAGUUCGAAGGUGGCAAUAUACACAACACUCGUAAACCCUAUAGCCAAAUACGCGUUGAUGAUCACACCAACCGUGAACACUAUAAAAGAUUGGUUUCCUUCACGGUACGCCAAGAAGACAUACUUACAUCUCUUGAUCAGUACCUUCUUCAUAGCGAGUAGUGUGGUCGUCGCCGAGACACUUCCCUUUUUCGGUUAUAUGAUGUCUCUGGUUGGAGCAUUGUUGAGCGUGACGGUUUCUAUUCUUCUGCCUUGUUUAUGUUACUUGAAAAUCACUGGAAACUACAAGAAGUUUGGGUGUGAGACUGUGAUGUUGUUUGGUAUGGUUGCGAUGAGUGUUCCGAUUGGAGUUUUAGGUACUUAUAUUGCAAUUAGAGAAAUAAUUGGCAGUGUUUAA